ACGGACCGGAAGUGGAAGCAGAAGUGACGUAAAGUGACGCUACGCACCUCGGCGCGCGAAGUCCGAACUGGCAGACGGCGGAGCACGCGCUGGUGCCCCGGACUAACUGGGGUGAAUUCUUGGGACCCUUGGUCGUGGAAGGCUUCCGCAGAGACUAGUGGGCCGAGAGGCGCGGAAACCCUGGAACUGGAAUUCCCUGGAAAACUGCGUCAGGCUGUUUUCCCACAGGCUGGCAUCCCUUACCUGGAGUGGCUGAGACCCUGAGAUGUUCAGAGUGGGUUUUUGUCUCACAGACCCACACAGCCUGCAUGUCAGCCAACCUCGGAGCCCUCCUGAGAACAGGCCAUUAUGCCCAAGAUAAUCCUGAGUGGGGUGACCGUGGAUUUCCCCUUCCAGCCAUACAAAUGCCAGGAGGAGUACAUGGCCAAAGUCCUGGAGUGUCUGCAGAAGAAAGUGAACGGCGUCCUGGAGAGUCCCACGGGCACAGGAAAGACCCUGUGCCUGCUCUGCAGCACGCUGGCCUGGCGGGAGCACCUCCGUGAUGCCAUCUCCGCCCGCAAGAUUGCUGAGAGGACCCAAGGGGAUCUCUUCCUCGAUCGCCCCUUGUCUUCCUGGGGGAAUGCUGCUUCAGAGGGAGACGCCACAGCUUGCUACGCGGACAUCCCAAAGGUCAUUUACGCCUCCAGGACCCACUCGCAGCUCACACAGGUCAUCGGCGAGCUUCGGAACACGUCCUACCGGCCCAGGGUGUGUGUGCUGGGCUCCCGGGAGCAGCUGUGUAUCCACCCCGAGGUGAAGAAGCAGGAGAGUAACCACAUGCAGAUCCACCUGUGCCGCAAGAAGGUGGCAAGUCGCUCCUGUCAUUUCUACAACAACGUAGAAGAAAAGAGCCUGGAGCAGGACCUGGCCACCCCCAUCCUGGACAUCGAGGACCUGGUCAAGAGUGGGAACAGGCACAAGCUGUGCCCAUACUACCUGUCCCGGAAUCUGAAGCAGCAGGCUGACAUCAUCUUCAUGCCCUACAACUACUUGCUGGAUGCCAAGAGUCGCCGGGCACACGGCAUCGAUCUCAAGGGGACGGUGGUGAUCUUCGAUGAAGCUCACAAUGUGGAGAAGAUGUGCGAGGAGUCGGCGUCCUUUGAUCUGACGCCCCAUGAUGUGGCCUCUGGAUUGGACGUCCUUGACCAGAUCCUGGAGGAACAGAGUAGGGCAGCGCAGCAGGGGGAGCUCCGUCUGGAGUUCAGCGCAGACGCCAACUCAGGGCUGAACAUGGAGCUGGAGGACAUUGCGAAGCUGAAGAUGAUCCUGCUCCGCCUGGAGGGCGCCAUCGAUGCUGUGGAGCUGCCUGGAGGUGACGGAGGUGUCACCAAGCCGGGGAGCUACAUCUUCGAGCUGUUUGCCGAGGCCCAGAUCACACUUCAGACCAAGGGCUGCAUCUUGGAGUCCCUGGACCAGAUCAUCCAGCACCUGGCAGGACGCGCAGGGCUGUUCACCCACACGGCGGGACUGCAGAAGCUCGCGGACAUCAUCCAGAUGGUGUUCAGCACAGACCCUGCCGAGGGCAGCUCCCCAGUGGGGCCCGAAGCCUCUCUGUCCUACAAGGUACACAUCCACCCUGACACCAGCCACAGGGGGACAGCUCAUCGGUCAGAUGCUUGGAGCUCCACAGCGUCCAGAAGGCAAGGGAAGGUGCUCAGUUACUGGUGCUUCAGCCCUGGCUGCUGCAUGCGCGAGCUGGUCCGCCAGGGCGUGCGCACGCUCCUCCUCACCAGCGGCACGCUGGCCCCAGUGUCCUCCUUCGCCCUGGAGAUGCAGAUCCCCUUCCCAGUCUGCUUGGAGAACCCGCACGUCAUUGACAAGCACCAGAUCUGGGUGGGGAUUGUCCCCAGAGGCCCUGAUGGAGCCCAGCUGAGCUCCGCCUUUGACAAACGGUUCUCUGACGAGUGCUUGUCCUCUCUGGGGAAGGCGCUAGGUGAGUUCCCGGGAAGCCCUGGCCUGGCUGUCCCAUCCUGGACCCCACCCAUCCAUGGUGUCUGGGGAGCUCGCCUCGCCCCUGCCCAGCCCUGCACCCUUCCCUGCUUUCUCUUCCUGGGGCAGCCGGCGGGGCCUCUGGACGCCCUUCCCACUGACCAUGGCCGCUCAUUUCCAGUCAACAUCACGCGCGUGGUCCCCCAUGGGCUCCUGGUCUUCUUCCCCUCCUACCCCGUCCUGGAGAAAAGCCUGGAGUUCUGGCGGGCCCGGGACUGUGCCAGGAAGCUCGAGGCCCUGAAACCUUUGUUUGUGGAGCCGAGGAGCAAGGGCAGCUUCUCAGAGGUGAUGGGCGCGUACUACGCAGCUGUCGCCUCCCCGGGAUCCCGAGGGGCCGCCUUCCUGGCCGUGUGCCGGGGGAAGGCCAGUGAGGGGCUGGACUUCGCAGAUGUGAAUGGCCGAGGGGUGGUUGUCACGGGUCUCCCGUACCCCCCACGCAAGGACCCCCGGGUCAUCCUCAAGAUGCAGUUCCUAGAUGAGAUGAAGGGCCGGAGUGGGGCCUCGGGCCAGUUCCUUUCUGGGCAAGACUGGUACCGGCAGCAGGCGUCCAGGGCUAUGAACCAGGCCAUCGGGAGGGUCAUCCGGCAUCGCCACGACUAUGGGGCCAUCUUCCUCUGUGACCACAGGUUCACCAGUGCGGACACCAGAGCCCAGUUGCCAUCCUGGGUGCGCCCCCACGUCCAAGUAUACAAUCACUUCGGCCACGUCAUCCGAGAUGUGGCCCAGUUCUUCCGGGUGGCUCAGAAAACAAUGCCGGCGCCCCUAGCUGCCACCCCAAGCCUGGGCCCGGGAGAAGGCACUGUCCCAGUGGCUGUGUCGCUCGGGGCCCUCUCCACCAAGAAAGCCAAGAGUCUGGACCUGCACAUCGCCAGCCUGAGGCGGAGGCCUCCAGGCAUGCCAGCCUCCGGGGACGGCGGGGACACCGAAGGCAGCCUGUGUGUGGAGUAUGAGCAGGAGUCGGUUCACACCCAGCGAAGGCCUGUGGGGCUGCUGGCCGCCCUGGAGCACAGCGAGCAGCUGGCCCGAAGGCCCGGGGAGCAGGCCGGGCCUGGGGAGGAGGAGGCACAGUGCCACUCCAGCACAUCCCUCCCGGGUGAGAAGAGGUCUGUGGCGGAGCAGAGAGGAAGCAGGAAGAAGAUCAGGCUGGUCAGCUGCCAGCAGGAGGGGCUGGCGGCAGGUGCGCAGGCGGACAGAGCCAAGCUCUUCAUGGUGGCCGUGAAGCAGGCACUGAGCCGGGCCAGCUUUGCCGCCUUUACGCAGGCCCUGCAGGAGUACAAGGGCUCGGACGACUUCCAGGCUCUGGUAGACCACCUCAGCCCCCUCUUUGCCCAAGACCCCAAGAAGCACAGCCUGCUCCAAGGUGCCUGGGAUGCCGCAGUCACGGGGUGGGUCAGAGGACACUGGGUGGGUCACCUCGGGGCAGGGUUGUCCCUGCUCCCUAGCAAAGAUCUGGAUGGUGGCUGCAGCGCGUGGCACCCGCGCACCCAGACACCCUCUCCAACAGGCUUCUACCAGUUCGUGCGGCCCCACCACAAGCAGCGAUUUGAGGAGCUCUGCCUCCAGCUGACGGGCCGAGGCUGUAGCCAUCUGCCUGAGCACAGCCUUCCGCGUGGGCAGUGGACACAGCCAGCCCUGGACCCCGGUGGAAGGAGGGAGCCUGUCCCCAAGAUGACCCUGUCCCAGAAUGCGGCCAGGCAGCUGGACACUGGAGGGCACCUGAACCAGGGACAGCCUCACCUGGCCUCCAGGCCGCCACCAGAAGGAGACACUGGCCUCUGUACACAAGAGGGGUGUGGUGCCCCUCAAGCGGAGAAGCCGAGCCAGCCUGCUGUGAGCACCUACCUGGCAGAUGCCCGCAGGGCCCUGGGGGCUGCAGGCUGCAGUCAGCUCCUGGCAGCACUGACCACCUACAAGCGGGAUGAUGACUUUGAGAAGGUGGUGGCUGUGGUGGCAGCACUGACCACCUCGAGGCCUGAGGACUUGCCGCUGCUGCAGAGGUUCAGCAUGUUCGUGCGCCCACACCACAAGCUGCGCUUCUGGCAGACGUGUGCAGACCUGACCGGCCGGCCCACCCCGGACACAGGCACUGUGCCCCCGGGACCCCAGGAAGGGAGCUCCGAGGUGUUUCCCAUCCUCACCCCCAGGGUGACCUGCUGGUGCUCUUGCCACCCCUACCCUGUCACCCCAGAGCCUCCGCAGCCUUGGGAGGCACGGGCAGCAGAGGCGCACCAGCCACCCCUCAGACUCACUCCUCUGUGUCCAGGCCCCUCCGAGCCAGAGAGACUAGGGAGGACCCAGAGCAAGAUCUCCUCCUUCCUCAGGCCACGGCUGGACCCCCAUGACCCCACGGACAGACAGUCUGAGUGGACCCCCAGGAGGACACUGCGUACUGGACCUGGGGUGCCUCCGCCAGGAAACAGAGCCACGGGCCACUCUUCUGAGACGACUGGGCACAGCAGGGCCUCCAAGGCUGAGGCCACCCUCCCUGGAUGCAGCAUGGACACUUGUCUGCUGGCUCAGGGUGGGCCAGGCCCAGCACCAGCAACCUGCCAGUCAGAGAGGCCGGUCUGCACAAGGGACACCCCUGAGACCGCAACCAGGUCUCGGGCCACCUGGGAGAAGCCCUGAAGCCACCGUGGGGUGGGUGGGUGAGGUGCUUCCCCAGAACUUUCCCUGGCUGCUGGCUUGUGGGGGUGGGGGGCUCAGGGGUCCACAGCUGGGCCGCACCUGGAACAGGUGGUCUGCUCCCUGGCAUGCUGGGACUGAGCCUGGGGGUGGGCUGAAUAAAGCUGCUGGCAUAUAGGGAUGCUCUUCGCAUUGCCUGGGCUUGGUGAUGGUGUUUGAGGUGCCAGAGAGAAAGGAUGGGGGCAUCUGCACGGGGUCCCCCUCCCACCGUCCCACGAGAGGGUGCUGUGAGCAUGUUGUCUGAACUUGGCUCAGCCUCCAUCCUUGCAGCUGGACAGGAAGACACUGAUACCAGAGGAAAGAGGAACUUGCCUCUCCCCCCGCGCCCCUUAUACCUCCCUGGAAGGCUUUGUCACUGGAUCACAAGCUGUGCCUGGUGAUAGGAGGGCCUUCAUAGGACUGCCUCCUGCACUAGGGGGGCAGGGGGACUGGGCCAGGCCAGGCGAGGGUGCUGCGACUGUGCCCCAAACUGGGUCAGAACAUGCCCUAGCUGGUUUGGCUCAGUGGAUAGAGUUGACCUGCAAACUGAAGGGUCGUGGGUUCAAUUCCA